CUCCUUCAGUUGAAGAACAUUUUGUAUGACGGGCAAGCUGUAGGCGGCAGUUUUACCACUACCUGUCCUAGCACGGGCGAGAAUGUCGACACCUUUGAGUGCUAAUGGAAUGGCUUUCGCUUGUACAAGAGUUGGACUGGUGAAUUUCAGUUUAGCAAGGGCUCUAACGAGUCUUGCGUCCAAAUCAAAAGACGAAAAGGUGACUUCUGUAUCCAACAGUUUUUGAUCGGCCAUGGCUACUACUGAAUGGGCUUGGAGACGUCUUUUUUUUUUUUUGUCCUUUUGCAAAAAAAAUUGGCUCUCAGCUUCGUCAAGCAGUCCUUAUAGUGGCUUGUAGCGGCGGAGCUGUAAUUGUCGUUGAACUUGCCAUUCGAGCUUCUUCCCUCCUCUGUUAACGAUCCGUCGCCAAGCAUCCAUGUAUCGAUCCAGAGCUGGACCAAUGGACUUUGAGUAUGAUUUGAAGGAGAAGACCUCUAGUAUAUUUGACAGACCUGCAAAGGAACCCCUGAUAACUGAAAAAACGGAAAUAGAAUCUGGUGUGAAGCGUACCUUCUCAUCAGCAGGACUCUCUACACCAAGCGCCAAAUUCACAUUUCAGCAGAGCCCGAAGGAUGUCCAGCCUUAUGUGUCAGGACUUGGCAAUCCAUUCCUGUUCGCCUUGCCAAAGCCGAAACACGUUGCCACCCCGCCUGCAGAACCAGCAAGUCCUGUCACGCAGCGUGUAAUCUCCCCGAAUGCUGUGAUCAGAGCACGGAAACGUCGUGCAAAGGAAGGCCUUUUUGGCUCAGGUUUCCGCAAACGAUUAUCGGAAAUCGCUGACGAACGUAACGAAGGGUCAAUGUCCGACAGUGAUUCUGAUACCUUCGACCAGCAAACCACCCAUUCUCGGAAAUCAACCGACAAUAUCAUAUAUAGUGAAGCGAAUCAGCUUACACCGCUGAAUGCAAGUGAUCGUCCAUCGGUUCCACAGCGAGACUACGCCUAUAUUAUGUCUGGAUACAUACAGACUGCUUUCAACCUCUUUGUGGUGUUAGUCUUGAUGUAUCUGGCUUUACAAGCCAUCUUGACUAUUCAGCUUGAUGUCCAGCAAAAAGUUUCUGAAUAUUCUGAUGCUAUCAUGAAGGAGAUCACAAUGUGCACAAAAUUGUAUCACGAGAAUCGUUGCCAUCCAAUGGAUAGAGUUCCAGCCAUGGAUGAAGCGUGUCGCAAUUGGGAAACGUGUAUUCAUCGUGAUCCACUCGUUGUCGGAAGAGCCAAGGUAUCGGCCGAAACAUUUGCAGAAAUCAUCAAUGGUUUUGUAGACCCAAUAUCGUACAAAAGCAUGCUCUUCUUCUUGACUUUGAUCUUUGGAUCCCUCAUCAUAUCCAACUGUGCCUUUGGCAUGUACCGAUCGCGGCACGAAAACCGAUACUAAAUGACGGUUUUUUUUUUAAUCUGCGGCCGCUCACCUAUACCCCCUCUUUUUUACAUAGUAUGCGUACGCAUAUAACGCAUUGUAAGUUAUUAAAUCACCCUCUACACCUGUCUAAAGUACCGAUACAUUGUUCUUUAAUAUAGUUUAUACAAUACAACUUUUGUUCACAAUACAGUAGAUUACACGCACCUCCACUUUGUUUAUAUGUUUCAUUGGGCCGUGUUGUAGCUGAUCAAUCCCUAAUGUAGAGAUUUUAAUGUUGGGAAAAGACAUAUAAAGUUCUGCCAGAGUCAAACCGAACUCUGUUUUUUCUUUC